AUGGCGUGGCGGCGGCGGCCCGAGGCCCGGGGCGCGCUGGCGCUGCUUGCGCUGGCCCUGUGCGCUCCUGGGGCCCGGGGCCGGGCUCACGAGUGGUUCUCGGCUGUGGUGAGCACCGAGUACGUGGACCCGCAGACCAACCGGAGCGUGAGGAGCGUCUCGGAGAGCGGCCGCUUCGGCGACAGCUCGCCCAAGGAGGGCGCGCGGGGCCUGGUGGGCGUCCCGCGCGCGGAGGACCGCGACCCCGAGGGCUGCGAGGCCGGCACUCGCUUCCUCGUGCCCGGCGGCCGGGGCACCGCUCCCUGGGUCGCGCUGGUGGCGCGCGGGGGCUGCACCUUCAAGGAGAAGGUGUUGGCGGCGGCGCGGAGGAACGCCUCGGCGGUGGUCCUGUACAACGAGGAGCGCCAGGGCAACCUCACCGCACCCAUGUCCCACGCUGGAACAGGAAACAUAGUGGUCAUUAUGGUUAGCUACCCAAAAGGAAGAGAAAUUGUGGAACUUGUGCAGAAGGACAUUCCAGUCACUGUCACCAUCGGGGUGGGCACCCGGCACGUCCAGGAGUACAUCAGCGGUCAGUCCGUGGUCUUUGUAGCCAUUGCCUUCAUCACCAUGAUGAUUAUCUCAUUGGCCUGGCUAAUAUUUUACUACAUACAGCGCUUCCUAUACACCGGCUCACAGUUCAGAAGUCAGAGCCAUAGAAAAGAAACAAAGAAAGUUAUUGGGCAGCUUCCUCUUCAUACUGUAAAGCAUGGAGAAAAGGGGAUUGAUGUCGAUGCUGAAAGUUGUGCAGUGUGUAUUGAAAAUUUUAAAGGAAGGGACGUUAUCAGAAUUCUGCCAUGCAAGCAUAUUUUUCAUAGAAUAUGCAUUGACCCAUGGCUUUUGGAUCACCGCACGUGUCCAAUGUGUAAACUUGAUGUCAUCAAAGCCCUGGGAUAUUGGGGCGAGCUUGAGGACGCACAGGAGGCGACUGCCCCAGAAUCCCUCCCUGGGGGCGUCUCGGCUGCAGAUCUGAGUCUCAUGGUAGCAGACGGCGAGAGAAGGGACACCGGCAGCUCCGAGUUGCCCUCCACCAGUGACCCUGUGCCACCCUGUGACGCCAGCUUUAAAGAGGAUGCAGGUGAAAGCACAGCCUUGCUGGAGACAGGCGGGAGCGACGCUCAGCGUGACGGACCCACCUGCUAG